UUUAGGAUGGCCGUAGCUUCGGCUAUGGCUACUUCAAUGGAAAGCAUGUCUUCAGAAAGUUCUUCUGAAAAAAGCACUGAAACUCAAUCAUCAGAUGUCAAAUUGAAAAAACCGACAUGUCUAAUUGUUCUUGGAAUGGCAGGGUCUGGCAAAACUACAUUUGUCCAGAGGGUAACAGCCCAUCUUCAUGCCACGAAAACGCCACCGUACGUCAUUAACCUUGAUCCGGCUGUUCAUGAAGUUCCUUUUCCAGUGAACAUUGAUAUAAGAGACACAGUGAACUACAAAGAAGUUAUGAAACAAUAUAACCUUGGUCCUAAUGGAGGGAUUGUCACAUCUCUGAAUUUAUUCGCGACAAGAUUUGAUCAGGUGAUGAAGUUUGUGGACAAGAGAGCACCAGAAUCAAAAUAUGUUGUCAUAGAUACUCCUGGUCAGAUAGAAGUGUUCACUUGGUCAGCUUCUGGCAGCAUUAUCACAGAAGCUCUGGCCUCCAGCUUCCCCACAGUCGUGGUUUAUGUCAUGGAUACUCCGAGGAGUGUCAGUCCUGUCACAUUCAUGUCAAACAUGCUCUAUGCAUGUAGUAUACUCUACAAAACCAAACUGCCAUUUGUGGUGGUCAUGAACAAAAUAGACAUUGUGGACCACCGGUUUGCGGUGGAUUGGAUGACAGACUUUGAGACGUUCCAAGAUGCCUUGGAACAUGAGACGUCAUAUGUGUCAAAUCUCACACGAUCCAUGAGUUUGGUGCUGGAUGAGUUCUACAAUAACCUCAGGACUGUUGGUGUGUCUGCUGUGACUGGCGAAGGCAUGGCAGACUUGUUCAAGGCGAUUGAUGAUGCAGCUGAAGAAUAUGAAAGAGAGUACAGACCACAGUAUGAGAAGAUCAAGCAAGAGAAGGCUGAGUCAAUUCUCAAAGAUCAAGAAGAACAACUUGCGCGAUUACGGCUCGAUGCGGCUGGUGGUAAAGGGGCUGCCCCGGGUAGUCUGCGAGAAAGAGUACGGAGCGAACGACAACAUAGUGGAGUGGUGCUGCACCCUGGUGGUGAAGAUGAGGAGGAGAGUGAGGAGGAUGUGAGGAUAGGCGAUGAAGACUUGGACGAGUCCAAAGAGCAGGAGUCGUUUCAGAGAUUCUUGGAAAGUCAGAAAGCUUGUCCCAGUAAACCAGGGGAGACGUGACAUUGUGACUUGAUGAAGGAACUUUAAAAUGUGUUCAGAUACCAAGGCUGGGACUUUGGCAAGUUGUUGCUGUUAAAAGCACAGGAUUAACCCAGGAUCAUUGUUUAGACACAGGACUGCUUUUUAUCAUGCUAUUCCUUGAACGUUGAUAACUUUGGUUGAGUGCUUCAAGAAUAAUUGUUAUUCUGCAGGCAUUUUCUGUG